AUGACAUCCAUCAUCAACAACUCCCCAAUCCUUUCUGACAACACAAAGCGCCUUCUGUUUUGCCAGUCCCCAAGGUCCACAAUCAUCCUUCGAGAACUCCCAGAGUCGGUGUUUGUGAAAAACCCUACCACCAACCUCUCGUUGGCCGACGAAAUAAAACUUCUUGUGAUUAGCAACCAGGCGGCUCUCAACUCGGUGUACCAUUUCUCGGUCCUCAACCGUCUUCGCCGUAUUGUGGCGGUGUUUCGUGAUGAAACCAUUGCUCACCAAGUUUACCAACUUCUCCUGAACAAUCCAAAGUUUGGCAAUUUCAAAAUCGAUCUUUCCACGACCCUUAUUCGCCUCGACGACACCACGAAUCCUCAAUUAUCCAUCGAUGGCCAUUUCCCUAACAUGAAUAAUAAGGAUAAUGAUAGUUUUCUUGGGAAAUAUGAAGAACCGAUGCCUGUUCCAUCACCAUCAAACAAUAAUAAUUAUGAAUACGAAGCAAAGUCAACAAAGACUUUGUUGAAACCAAUCAAUCUCAAUAUCGAUACCUCGUGUUGCAAUGCCAGUACCGAAGAAUUGUCCCCAGUAAGCCCAUCUAUUACCUUGGACACUUACGAGUAG